UGUUUUAUCUUUUUCAGGUCUAACAAACAGAACCGAACAAGUUCCUACACCGAGGGUUUCAAGAUCUGCCAUUUCUACUCACCGAGCAGGACGGGGAAUUCUUGUCAUCCCCGUGAUGAGAAUUUUCAGUGUAUCAUGGAUUGUUGAAGUUGAAGUUGCGUAUCAUGGAUUUUUCAGUGUGUAAAUUGGAAGCUUGUUGCUUUUGGUGGACAGCAUAGUUGGAGUGGUUAGGUGGUGGUGUUGGUUUUGGCAAUUUCUUGAGUACUCUUAAGCAUUUGUUUUGUUCGAAGUGUCAUCACAAUGCCUUCUACUGAUAAUCAGGGUUCUUCAUCACCCUUUCAUUCAUUUGGUCGUUCGUUUUGGAGUGGCAGGCGUGAACAAGUUCAUUCAAUAGAAGGGAAUAAUGAAUCUAAUGCCGAUGAGUUGGAGUUUGAAUCCUUCUACAAACAGGUUACGGACCGUUUUUAUGAACUUUCAGCUGUUGGUGCUGAAGAAUUUCUCUCUAUUGAAUGGAUGCAAAAGCUAUUGGAUGCAUUUGUUUGCUGCCAGGAGGAAUUUAGGGCUAUUUUGUUGACAAACAAAGCUUUAUUGUCAAAAUCUCCUUUGGAUCGAGUAGUUACUGAAUUCUUUGAAAGGAGUUUGAAGGCACUUGAUAUAGUUAAUGCAACUCGUGAUGGGAUUGAGAAGAUUCGUUUGUGGCAGAAGCAUUUGGAGAUUGUAUUGUGUGCCCUUGGUUCUAGUCAGAGGGUGAUUGGCGAAGGCCAGAUUCGCAGAGCUAGAAAAGCUUGCAUGGAUUUGGCACUUGCAAUGCUUGAUGAAAAGGAUUCAGGCUCAGUCUUUUCACACAGAAACCGGUCAUUUGGGCGUCAUAAUACAAGUAAGGAUAAUCAUCGUCGCCCACCGGGCCACUCUCGUUCUCUCUCAUGGAGUGUAUCACGAUCUUGGUCUGCUGCUAAGCAACUCCAAUCAAUUUCUAACAACUUGUUGCCACCUCGAGCAAAUGAUAUUGCAGCCACAAAUGGGCUUAUUGUCCCUUUUUUUGCAAUGAGUUAUAUGCUCAUGUUUGUAUUGUGGACUUUGGUUGCUGCAAUCCCUUGUCAGGACAGAGGCCUGAAUAUUAAUUUUUCAAUCCCACGGCAAUACACAUGGGGUACUCCGCUUCUCAUACUUCAUGAGCGUAUUAUGGAGGAAUCAAAGAAGCGGGAGCGAAGGAAUUCUAGUGGAUUGUUAAAGGAAAUUAAUCAGAUUGAUCAAUAUGCUUGUAAAAUUACAGAUUUGGUGGAUUCACCUCAGUUUCCAUUGACGGAGGAGCAGAAAAUGGAGGUUGAACAGGGGAUUCAGGAGUUAGCAUUGGUUUUUGAAGCCAUUAAGAAUGGAUUGGAUCCGCUGGAACACAGAUUGAGGGAAGUAUUCCGUAAGAUCAUGAAUAUGCGAUCAGAGAGCCUUGAUCACCUGGGUAGGGGAAGUGAGUAAAUCUGAUAUGGCAAUUUGCUAAUGAGCAUCAAAUGUACAAAUUUGCGAAAAUGUUAUUAUAUACUAUGCAUGCCAUUUGCAAGGCGGAAGGAUGACUUUCAGAUGGUGUGUAACAAUAAACUUUGAGUAGGUAGCUUUCUUGUAUUUAUUUCUGUAUUUUCUGUAAAGAACAUAAUAUCUAUACUCUUCCUUUUCUCAUGUAAGGUGCUGAUUUCUGGUUUGGUUUGA